AUGAACACGUACCCUGCCGAGUAUUUGCUCCACACUGUCCCUGUGCUCGCAGUUUACGGUCUUGGCGCGAACGCCACCACCGACUCAUCGUCGUCAGCUGCAGCGCCAGCACCAGGCGAUAGUGACACUACUAGUACUUCUUCACCACCACCAUCAGAAGGUCAACGAUCGUCAGCAACAACUCCAGCAAGUUCAAAUGCUGGACGUCACGCACCGUCGUCUCGUGCAGCCUUAGGUUCUAUGCUUCAAACUGUGUUCAGUAAUAAGCAACAGUUCUCACUCUAUGAUACACCACGACCAACAGCAGCUGGCCCUGGCACUACUAAUCCUACACCACCGUUUAAAACCAUUUUCGUUGACAAGGACUUUACACUUCCAGAACGAACGCCGAUCGGUCCUAACCUACCUCCACCUCAUUCGAACCUUUCACCGUUAUCGCACGAAUCGCCCCUUCAUCCAGAUGGUUUCAUGACACCAUUGUGGGUUAAAAAACAGCUGGAAACACCUAGUGUCGUUGUCGGGUUUUACGAUUUAUGGGAUUGGAGUCAGGAACCAGGAAGCCAACCUCGACCAAAACGAGAGACAGGACCUUUGGCGUCGCAUGUAUUGAUUGAUCCAACAGAGCGUGAAAAGGAUACUACGUUGGCACAUGAAAUCAAUGAUCGCAGAAAGUAUUUCCAGGAUAAGGGAAUCAAGUUUGCUGCCACGAUGAUAUUAAAACGCCAACAGACGGAUGAUCCUGCUGUCGAAGAGCGGUUGGUGUGGAUCCGAAAACAAUCGGGUAUGGAUAAUCGACACUCAUUCUUUGUAAUCGGUCCCGGUACACAGCAUGACGUGCAGGAAUUUGUGAAUAGCCUUUAUCGCGCCUUGCAUGAGCCAGCAGUUCAUUAUUACAGCAAUCGGAUCAAAAAAGCACGAAAGAAACGAUCUAAACUGCCAUCACCGUCCAUGUCCCCUCGCAUUCCAGAUACAAAUGAACCACAGCCGCUCUCUAUACAAGGAUGGAUGCUGCGUUAUGAUUAUAAAACUGGAUUAUUUCAAGAAAUUCGACAUGACAUCGAAGGAGCAAUAAAAUCAUACGAGAGCGCGUACACGCUAGUGGGCGAUAUGCUUGCACCAAAAUCAUCCAUUACCCCCGGACAGACUGGUUUGCCGAUACGUAGUAAGCGAUGGGAGGAGGCACGGAUGCUUGUUGAUUGUAUCAGUAUCAAGAUUUGUAGUUUCUAUCUUUAUAUGAAUGAUCCUUCUGGUGCUUUGUCACAAUUAAACGGACAUUUACAUAUGAUUCAGUCUUAUGCAUCUGUAUGGGGAACGGGCGAACAAUCCUUUGAGUAUUGGGCAUGGCUAUCGAAGCAAUACCGUAUCUUUGGCGAUCUUAUUGAAACUGCCGCACAACAUGGAUUCAAGAUACCUAUUCCAACAGCAUACAUGGCUGCUCCUGGAUCACCCAAUGCAUCUCAUCCACUGAUGAGCGGCGGAGGAGCAAGCUCCAUCGCUGGUUGCAACCCAGGUUCAAUUCUGCAGCAUCCUGGUUUCUACUAUCACUUGGCCGCCAUGUGCUGUGCAGAACGAAGACGUCGAUUUCUGGAAGCGGACAGCGCGACAGGAGGCGAUAGCAAUGAACCUCAAGCGACAGCAUGGGAAACGCUGCUCGCAAACGAACGACAAAUCGAUCACUCUGGAUUGACAAUCGAGUUGUUGACCAAGAGCUACGAACAGUUUAAAAAGUACAGAAAUGGUCGCAUGACGCUAUACUUGGCAGCUGAAAUCGCCGGAACGUAUUACGAAGCUGGCAAGUUCGAAAUGGCUCUCAAGUUUUUUGAACCUAUCGGCAAGACGUAUCGUAAAGAAAACUGGAACAUGAUCUUGACCUCAAUUCUUCGGUGGUCGCUGCGGUGUGCCAAGGAACUCAAGUCUUGGGAGCGUGCACUCGAAUGUUUGGUGGAGCUCAUGUCGAGCGACUUGCCAAUGUCUGAACAAAAGCGUCAGGAUAUUCAGACUGAAUUGUUUGAUGUGCUUCAUCGACAGCAACAAGAAAACGAGGAAACCCCAACGAUACCUAGGGCACUAGCGAUUCAAAUGGACCAGAUCAAUCCUAUGUUAUCCUGCCACAUUCAGUUUAAAACCAGAGCCAGUUUUGUAAAUACACCUGUUUAUUACCAAGUCGCUUUGAAAACAGGAAAAACGAGCCCACCAGCACCGUUUCGAUUGAAUAGCAUGCGGAUUCUAUUCAAUGAUUCACAAUACAAUAUGCUAUUGAUGGACAGCAACAGCGACGAUGACUGUGGGUUGGCGAGUGCAGUACGUGUUGAUUGCUGUCAUGAUCUGAAACCACAGACAGAAGGCGAAUAUGCUGGUUGGUUAAGCAAAGAGGCUGAUCUUCGAGUCACCAAAAAUCAAACCAAAGCUUUUGAAGGAUGCAUUAAGCCAAAGGAAUCUGGCGAACUCAAGAUUGUGGGUGUAUGUCUGGAUAUCAAAUCUCCACAAUGGCAUGUUAGCUUAAAUUACGAUAUGGACCACCCGAUCGAGGUCAAUAAGAACUUAUCCAGGAGAAAGUGGCUCGAGGCAUCCAAAGAUGGCGCCUCACCAAAGUUUACAUUUUUGGAUGGAAGUGGCGAAUUUAAUAUUAUAAAGAUAUCUCAGAGACACCCGCGUGUCAAGUUAAUUGCUGGCCAUGAUGCUCAAGCAUUACUUGAUGAACACUUUGAAUUUAACGUCACGAUCCAAAACCAAGAACAAGAUGCGAUUGAUGCCAAAUUACUAGUCGAGCUAAAGGAUACAGCAGGACAAGAUAGUAACAACAAGGAUACCCGAGAAUCUGUUGCAGAGGUUGCUUUUGAUCGUAUUGAGUCUGGGCAGUCAGCAACCAAGCCAGUAUACAUUCAUGCAGGGGAUAUGCCCGGCAUCCGCGUGGUAUCAUUAACGGCUCGUUAUCGCUCAGCGGAUGGCAAAGACCAACAGCAAGAGCAGUCAGAGUCUCAAUUCAUCGAGAAGCGAGAACUUCUGCGCAUUCCCUUUAGAUCCCCGUUCGAAAGCAACUUUAAACUGUAUGCACACAGUGACAAAUUGUCUUUUACAACAUCCUCACCUGACCUUGGCAAAACCGAAAAGUGGCUAAUCAAUACAUCUAUUCGUUGCUGCUCAGUAAGCGACCUUGAGAUCGAAAGAUUGGAGCUUAAGCAAGAGGUAUGCCAACUACUACUGCGAGCCUCAUGGACGGCAGGACAUGUUUGUGAUACAAAUUACCUGUUCCGAAUGGCAACCAAAGACAUGACGGAGCCUCAGCCAACCAUACCUGUGGGAUCUAUUAUCAUACAUUGGCGAAGGAGUGGCCAAGAUUCCCCCUAUUCACAAACAGCUAUGCCAAUGCCCACCCUCGAGUUUAGGCGACAAAGUCUUAGUGUUGUUGCAGAUGCUCCGGACGAUAUCCACGUAGGCGAACCUUUCAGGUUGACAUACACCGUCUACAACCCAACGGUUCAUUUGGCAGAAUACACAGCGUCUGUGGAACUCAGUGACGCAUUUGUGUAUUCUGGAUUGAAGAUCCUGAAGGACCGUGUGCUGCCACUCUCCCAUACGUCGUACAACUAUACUUGCUACCCACUGUUGGCAGGCAAGGUUCGGCUCCCGCGGCUCAAGGUGAUCGCCAAGCAGCAAGGUGUAGAAAAGGAGGUGCCCGUAGAAAUGCUGGGAGGAUCCGAGCAAUGGCCCUCACCAUUCACUUUUGUGAAUGCUCGUCGAUACUAUAAUUAA